AUGUCUGCCUUGUUGGAAUUCGUGGGUGUGUGUUUCACCUUCACGCCGCCCCGUCUACAGGAUACCUGGUGUACAGAUCCUUCGACUGGCAAUGCUACUAUAGUAUGCACCCCUCACCCAUCAACCAAUCCCACUUUGGCAACGAUGCAAAUCCUCCGUUGCGCCCCAGAACCGUCCUACUGGAUUCCUGUCGGUAGUGCUGUAUCCGGCGAUGGGGCAAUCCUCGCUGAGCGCACCCAGCAACCCAUGCAUACAGCAUCGAAACUUGUCUGGCUUAUUACCUCCAAGAGCAUCAUCAAUCCUUCGGGGCGGUUGUUAUUAUGCACCACCUCGGCCGGCGCAUCGACAUGCAUAGACCCAGAUAUCGACCCACCCCUGCUCACGCAGCACGAAUCCUUCAAUCAACUGCCCGCACACGCACAUGGCCGGGCACAUCCCAUGUGGCGAGGCGACGGACCGCGCCCUGUCGCCUCAAUCUUGUUCCCAGCGACUCAGAUUGGGUAG